GUCAACCUUAUGGCUGGUUCAAAUUCUGGUUGAGCUUGCCAUCCAUAAAAGAAAUGCAUUUCCAAGCUUCCAUCUCCUCUGAUCAUGGCUAAUUCAAUGCUUCUCUUGUUCCUCUUCGUUGGAAUCUCAACUGGAGAUCUCCUGCAGAAUCCAGAUUUUGAAUCUCCUCCGACCAAUAUAACCUCAAACACCAGCAAACCAAUCUUGCUCCAAAAUGGAAUCAAUAAAAUACCUGGAUGGUCAUUCGGCGGUUCGGUCUGGUAUGUAACUGCUGGUUCGAACUUAUCAUUACCAGGGGAGGGUCAUGGAUUGCAGUUGGGUCAGGAUGGAAAGAUCAACCAGACAUUUAAAGCUGAUUCCAGUUACAGUGUCCUCACUUUCACCCUUGCUCCAGGAAGCAAAGAAUGUUCUAAUAAUACUGUUGCUGUAAAUGUUUCAACACCUCGAAGAUCUAAGGUUUUCUCCAUGGAAAGGCAUUAUGGGAAGGAGACGUGGGAGAGUCAUGCCUUUUACUUUGAGAGCUGGGAUGAUGUUAUCAACCUUGAGAUUCAAGGAAUACCACUGGAGACUCGGACAAAUAUCAUUUGCAGCCCUGUGGUGGACACUUUUAUCAUCAACCAAAUUGGCUCAACUGUAAUAUAUGGUGAUAACUUGGUGGUGAAUGGUGGAUUUGAGGUGGGACCAGCAUUUCUCAAAAGUUCCAGCAAGGGAAUUUUACUGGAUGAGGAGCCAGAUCAACUUAGAUCUCCACUCCAGCAAUGGUCCAUCAUAGGGACAGUGAAGUACAUAGACUCAGCACACUACUCAGUCCCAGAAGGUAAAGCAGCAAUUGAGAUAGUCUCAAAUGAUCCCUCCGGCAUACUAACCAUCCUAAAACUCUCAAAGGGAUCCAACUACACUUUAGAAUUCACAAUGGGGGAUGCUAAUGACUCGUGUAUCGGAGAUCUAAAGCUGCAAGCUCAAGUAGGGAGAACCACUCAGAAUUUUACCCUACAAAGCCAGGGUAUGGGUUCAACUCAGAAUCAUUCCAUUAAUUUUAAGGCAGAUUCAAACCUAAGUACACUCAGUUUCGUUAGCCUCAAUCAAGGCCAAAGAAGCGAUGCAAUCUUAUGUGGGCCAGUAGUUGAUAAUGUCAUUCUUCGCUCUGUCUCUUGGUCAAGUAACGCAAGUCCAAAAAAACUACACAGUAAGAUUUUACUUGUGCUUGUAAUUGUCGCAAUAUUGCAAGUAGUUUAGCUACAUCAAAGGUCACUCAUGCUACUUACAUCCAUGUUUUACGACUUCAUAUGUUUCUGAACCAACAAAUAUGCACAUCAACAAAAAUCACCUUGUAAAUGAAGUUAAUCCUCUCUUGUGAAUAUCUAAAUUGGCAGUUAGGUCUAAGCAAGAAACUUCACAACUAUAACCUUCUUUCUCAGGACAUUCAGAACACAUACUUUUAAAAGAAUUUCAAGAUCUUAUCCUGGACCUCAAAGCACAAUCAACCAAAAUUACCUCCAG